AUGUUAGCUAGAUCGCUGCGCCUAGCAGCUCCAUUCCGGUCCACUUCUUCGCCAUGCCGUCAAAUCGUCCGACAUGCUUCGUCAUCUAGCAAGGCAUCCUCCGACUUCUUCGCAUCAUCCGCUAGACUCCAGGGCAACAGCAAGGCCAUCGCCUCGUCAACUGCUGUCGUUGUCGGUGGCUUGGCUCUCUAUGCCACUCUGAAGCCCACCUCCUCGUCGCCAGUAGAAUGCGAAGCAGCCAAGCCCACGCCUGCAUCCCUCGUCAAGGGCGGCAAUCAAUCUGAUCUGCCCGAGAUCUCGCACCUCAACCCCGCACUCCUCACCGACAGCUCAGCACCUAUGCGCCAGCGCAUGGAAACGUACGUCAAGCUCCUGCAGCACAACAUCGUCUCUGCUCUAUCCCAGGAAGAGCCCAAGGCGCGCUUCCUCAUCGACAGCUGGCUGCGUAAGGAGGGCGGAGAGGGCAUCUCGUGCGUCCUCCAGGAUGGUUCUACGUUCGAGAAGGCCGGUGUCAACAUCUCGGUCGUGCACGGCACACUUCCACCCGCAGCGGUCAGGCAGAUGAGUGCGGACCAUGCCGGAUUGAUGGAGAAGACGGGGUAUAGGCUCGAGGGCAAAGACGCCGAUGUCAAAGGACUGCCGUUCUACGCGGCCGGGUUGAGCCUUGUGGUUCACCCGAGAAAUCCUUUUGCGCCGACGGUCCACUUCAACUAUCGCUACUUCGAGCUGACACACCCGGAGAAGCUGGCGGACGGCUCGCCAAAUCCGCGACACCCAAAGAACCGCAAAGACGGCGGAGGUAACGAGCCGAUCGCAUGGUGGUUUGGCGGCGGAACGGAUCUCACGCCCAUCUAUCUGUUCGACGAGGACGCGAAACACUUCCACCAGACCCUCAAGUCGGCUGCUGACCAACACGACCCUACGUUCUACCCGACAUGGAAGAAGUGGUGCGACAAGUACUUUCUCAUCCCGCACCGAGGUGAAGCGCGUGGUGUCGGAGGGAUCUUCUUCGACGACAUCACUCUCCCUCAGUGGGCCUCUGCCACGUCAUCGGCCUACAUCCCACUCUCGGACGGCACGAAGCCAACGCCUUCCGCACCCAUCGUCCCAUCCAUCUCGAGCGGGAAGCCGCACGACAAGGACUCGCUCUUUGCAACGGUGCGCUCGCUCGGCGACGCCUUCCUCCCCGCCUACCUGCCUCUGGUGCAGAAGCGCAAAGCUACGCCGUUCACCGAAGCCCACGAGCGAUGGCAGCAGCUGCGCCGAGGCAGGUACGUCGAGUUCAACCUGGUCUAUGAUCGAGGGACCAAGUUCGGGCUGCAGACGCCUGGGGCGCGGAUCGAGAGCAUCCUGAUGAGUCUGCCUUUGAAGGCAAGGUGGGAGUACAUGGAGCGCUACAGUGGCGGCGGAGCUCAGGGACGGGACGGUAAGGCGACGACGAGACAGGAUGCCGGUGAGGGUAGUGGUGAGGAGGAGGGGAAGCUGGAGAGGCAUACGAUGGAGGCGCUGAGGAAGCCUCGAGAAUGGGCGUAG